GAGGAUUUAUUGUAACUUCGAACGAUAUAUCGAAAAUAUCGUAUGACGAGUCGAUAUGGUGUUUUUCCUUCCCGCAAUGUGCCCAGCUGGCAAUUGUCAAAUACGUUUCAGAAAUAAAGCAAAAUAACAGAAUUAAUCAUGGACGGCGAUCGUACAAAGAACACAGAUUCGCAAUUUAUAUCAUUCCAUGAUUUUUCUACGAUGAAUCAGCCAAGCAACGUUGGCCAAGCACAACUUGACAUUGGUGCUUCCACUCAUCAAACUUACAAUAAUUUACCAAAUGACUCUACAGGAAUCGGUAUUCUUGAAGAUCUACAAGGCAUACCCAACAGAAAUGAAGAUACACCUCAGUACAGUUUUUGGACAAUCGAAUAUUAUCAGAAGUUUUUUAACGUUAAUACGAACGAUGUAAUAGAACGUAUCAAAAGAUCCAUGUUUCCACAUAGUACUGAAAAUUAUUUGGUAACGCACAUAAGACCCAAUCCAGAUCUGUACGGUCCAUUUUGGAUAUGCGUUACUUUAGUAUUUUCUAUAGCAAUAAGCGGUAACAUGGCUAACUAUUUACAAACGGCCAAUUCUAGUCAUUAUCAUUGGAGAUAUGAUUUCCAUCUUAUCUCGUACGCUGCAACUUCAAUAUUCUUAUAUGCUUGGCUUUUGCCUCUAGCCUUAUGGGGUGCACUAAAAUGGACAACAAGUAUGAGGAAUACGGAAGAAGAAUUGAUAGAAUCUUAUGCAUCUCCGGGACUUUUAGAGCUUAUAUGCCUUUAUGGAUAUUCUUUAACCAUUUACAUUCCAGUUGCAUUUUUGUGGACAAUACAAAUCGGUUGGUUACAGUGGACUUUAGCAGUGAUAGCUACAUUUUUAUCGGGUGGUGUAUUGCUUCGUUCAUUGUACCCCGUAAUCUCAGGAAAGCAUAAAAUAAUAUAUGUUACCAUAAUUCUUGGUAUGCACCUUCUUCUGGCAGCAGGUUUUAUGAUAUAUUUCUUUCAUGGGCCAUCCAAAAUAUUACCGCAACAUGCAAAAGAAAUAUUAUCUUCUGCUUUACCACCUACAGAAAAUAUCAAUAAUAAAAUAAUGGAAAAGGUUGUGUUAAAUGCAACGAAAAAUGGAAUAAUUAAAACUUAAAGAAAUUCUAUACUAUAUUUGACAAGAAUUUCAUGAGAUCCAUUCGUAAACACAAAAAAAAAAAUGUAUUCGAAUGUAUCAUACAAAUCGCACAUAAUAUUGAAAAAUCAUAAAAGUUAUGUUCUUAUGAAGGCAAUAGACCUUAUUUUUAUUAUACUUUUAAAUCAAUCCAUAUAGAUAUAAUCAAGUAAAAAUCAAAACUCCAAAAAGGAAAAAAAAGACUCCAGGAUUCCUUAAAACAUAAUUGUUUUGAUACGACAAAGUAUUUAGCCUUUCGCAAUAAGUGUUGUGUACACAGAUUUAUGUUUAGGAAAAUACAUAAUACGAGUUUAAAGUG